CCAAGUCCCGCACCGCGCACCCCAAGCUCCAAAUCCCCCGUUCCGCCCCGAGAACCGAAAAAUGGCCGCAAGAAAGCUUGCAUUUUUCCUCCUCUCCCUCGCCGCCGCGACGGUGGCUCCGGCUUCCUGCGGCGGGAACUCGACGGAGUUCAUCCGGACGUGCUGCGGGGCCACGCGGUACCCGCGGCUCUGCUUCAACUCCAUGGCUGGCUACGCGAGCACGGUCCAGGGAAGCCCAGUGCAGGUGGCCCAGCUGGCCACCAACCUGACCCUCGACCGCAUCGGCGGCGCCGCCCUCCAGGUGGCUGUGCUCCGGCGCGGGGCGUCGGGCCGGGAGGCCGCGGCGCUGUCGGACUGCUCGGAGGCGCUAGCAGACGCGGCGGACCAGGCGCGGCGGACGGCCGCGGAGCUGGCUGGGCUGGCGGCGGCAGUAGGGCCGGAGGUGACGUGGCGGGUAUCGAACGCCCAGACAUGGAUGAGCGCCGCCCUGACGAACGAGGAGACCUGCACCGACGGCUUCGACGGGGUGGGGCCCUGCCCCAUCAAGGCCGAGGUCUGCCGCCGGGUUGGCCGGGUCAAGCACUUCACCAGCAACGCCCUCGCCCUCGUCAAUAACCUCGUCGCCACCCGCUAAUCCCCUUCUGCUGAAUUAGAUCUGAAUUAAUGGAUCCUAGUUAAUUUGAUCGUCUAAGUUAGUUUGUCAUUCAGUUAGCCGAAGGGGUAAACUUUUGUUACACAUGGUGAUAUACUUAUGUAUUAAUUUAUCUAUGCACAUAUGUGUGUGUGGUCGUAGAAAGGGGAUAAAGACAGUAGUUGUUUGUUGUGAUCUUUUAUGAUGGUUAAUUAAUUUAUAGUUGAAGUUGUGUGCGGAAUGAAAAGUAGUUGGUUUCGGGUUUGAGAUGUA